AUGUUGCGUAGCGGAAAACAUCUCGCGACAAACACGAAGAACAACACCGAAAUUGGUUGUUCUGCCAAUGCUGAUGAAACAGGCGAGAGCAAUUCUCAGCCUAUACAUCUUGAUGACCCUGACCCAAAACCUUCUCGCGAAAACAGGAAGUCUACCGCUGAAAAAAAUAAGGAAAAGACUAUAGACUUAGAAGUAGAAGAUAAUUCAGAUAUUGAGGCCGAAAUCGAUCGACAGUAUGGUAACCACGUCGAUCGACCGACUAAGAAAUCAUUAGAGUAUGCGAUCUGCAAGAAAGCAUUGGAUAUAAUUACAAUGGAGAUGUCCCCCAGUGAUGCUAUGAAAAUAGGCACCUUCGAUAAAGAAGUGUGUGAAGGAUAUGAUGUCUCCAAAUUAUCCAAAUGCGGAACAAAGCGUGUUGAUGGUGUCAGAGGAAAUUGCAAUAUACAGAACACGCGUUUUCGUCGAUCACUAUGUGAUCUUGGCUCUAGCGUGAAUCUUAUGCCUUACUCCGUCGCAGUAACCUUGGGAUAUAACGAGUUUAUGCCAACUCAGAUAACCUUGGUUCUAGCUGAUCGGUCUAUCAGAGUACCUGAAGGGAUUCUCGAAGACGUUCCCGUAAAAAUUAAUGAUUGCUUCGUGCCUACGAAUUUUGUUAUGUUAAAAUACAGACAAGAACCAAAAGACCCCCUCAUUCUGGGUCGGCCAUUCCUAGCUACAGCUGGAGCGAUCAUUGAUGUGAAAGAAGGACGAAUAAAUUUGAACAUCGGGGACAUUUCGAUGCCCUUUGAUAUGGAAAGGCUAAUCAAGCAACCCUUGAUAGAUGACCAAGCCUUCUAUGUGGAAGAAGUUUCUGAGCUAGAUAAGGAAUCUUUCAUAGACAUGUGCUCAGACGACCCCUUAGAAAAUGCUCUUACCAAUAUGGAAAAGGAAAUAUUCAGCAUAGAUAAUAGGACAGACGAUUACGUGCGACUGAUGGAUGCAAGUAUCGAGGUUGCGAACAUCGAAGAAGAUGAUGACUCAGACAUUAUCGUCGAUCGAUACCUCAGAGAAGCCGUCGAUCGACAACCAUCUUCAUUAUCUAAUUGGUCUAAAGACAAAGUACCAAAGGUUGAAUUAAAACCCCUCCCCAGUGGUCUUAAAUAUGCAUUUCUUUAUGACCAAUCCUACCAUGUUAUUGUCAACGCCAAUCUCACUAGCGGAGAACUUGCGUUAUUAUUAAAUAAUCUACACAAGCACAGGAAAGCAAUCAGGUAUUCUCUCGAUGAUAUUCCUGGACAUAAUGUUUCCGCCGCUGGUAUAGAGGUAGAUAGAGCUAAAAUCGAGGUGAUGACCGGUCUACCAGCACCCAAGAAUGUAAAAGACGUGCAAAGUUUUCUCGGACACGCCGGCAUUUAUAGGAGGUUUAUACAAGACUUUAAAUAA